GUAAUGUCAUAAUUAUACCCUUUAAUUGCUGCUUCUUUGUUAAUGUUGUUUUUUCUUUUUUUUUUUUUUAAUUUAGAUUUCUGCUUUGGGACAGUCAAGGAUCUAAUUCCUUAAAGUAAUUCUAUAUGUAAAAUUUGUAAAAGUCCAGAAAAAUGCCUCCAAGACCAUCAUCGGGUGAACUGUGGGGCAUCCACUUGAUGCCCCCAAGAAUCCUAGUGGAAUGUUUACUACCAAAUGGAAUGAUAGUGACUUUAGAAUGCCUCCGUGAGGCUACUUUAAUAACUAUAAAGCAUGAGCUAUUUAAAGAAGCAAGAAAAUAUCCUCUCCAUCAGCUUCUUCAAGACGAAUCUUCUUACAUUUUUGUAAGUGUUACCCAAGAAGCAGAAAGAGAAGAAUUUUUUGAUGAAACAAGAAGACUUUGUGACCUUCGGCUUUUUCAACCCUUUUUAAAAGUAAUUGAACCAGUAGGCAACCGUGAAGAAAAGAUCCUCAAUCGAGAAAUUGGUUUUGCUAUCGGCAUGCCAGUGUGUGAAUUUGAUAUGGUUAAAGAUCCAGAAGUACAAGACUUUCGAAGAAAUAUUCUUAAUGUUUGCAAAGAAGCUGUUGAUCUUAGGGAUUUUAAUUCACCUCAUAGUAGGGCAAUGUAUGUCUAUCCUCCAAAUGUAGAAUCCUCACCAGAACUGCCAAAGCACAUAUAUAAUAAAUUAGAUAAAGGGCAAAUAAUAGUGGUGAUUUGGGUGAUCGUUUCUCCAAAUAAUGACAAGCAAAAGUAUACUCUGAAAAUCAACCAUGACUGUGUGCCAGAACAAGUAAUUGCUGAAGCAAUCAGGAAGAAAACACGGAGUAUGUUGCUAUCAUCGGAACAACUAAAACUCUGUGUUUUGGAAUAUCAGGGCAAGUACAUUUUAAAAGUAUGUGGAUGUGAUGAAUACUUCCUAGAAAAAUACCCUCUGAGUCAAUAUAAGUAUAUUAGAAGCUGUAUAAUGCUUGGAAGGAUGCCCAAUUUGAUGUUGAUGGCUAAAGAAAGCCUUUACUCUCAACUGCCUAUGGACUGCUUUACAAUGCCAUCUUAUUCCAGACGCAUCUCCACAGCUACGCCAUACAUGAAUGGAGAAACAUCUACAAAAUCCCUCUGGGUUAUAAAUAGUGCACUCAGAAUAAAAAUUCUUUGUGCAACAUAUGUGAAUGUAAAUAUUCGAGACAUUGACAAGAUCUAUGUUCGGACAGGAAUCUAUCAUGGAGGAGAACCAUUAUGUGAUAAUGUGAAUACUCAAAGAGUACCUUGUUCCAAUCCUAGGUGGAAUGAAUGGCUGAAUUACGAUAUAUACAUUCCUGAUCUUCCUCGUGCUGCUCGACUUUGCCUUUCUAUUUGUUCUGUGAAAGGUCGAAAGGGUGCUAAAGAGGAACACUGUCCGCUGGCCUGGGGAAAUAUAAACCUGUUUGAUUAUACAGAUACUCUAGUAUCUGGAAAAAUGGCUUUGAAUCUCUGGCCAGUACCUCACGGAUUAGAAGACUUGCUGAACCCUAUUGGCGUUACUGGAUCAAAUCCUAAUAAAGAAACUCCAUGCUUAGAGUUGGAGUUUGACUGGUUCAGCAGUGUGGUCAAGUUCCCAGAUAUGUCAGUGAUUGAAGAACAUGCCAAUUGGUCUGUAUCCCGAGAAGCAGGAUUUACUUACUCCCAUGCAGGACUGAGUAACAGACUAGCUAGAGACAAUGAAUUAAGAGAAAAUGAUAAAGAACAGCUUCGAGCAAUUUGUACACGUGAUCCUCUAUCUGAAAUCACUGAACAAGAAAAAGAUUUCCUGUGGAGCCAUAGACACUAUUGUGUAACUAUUCCUGAAAUUCUACCCAAACUGCUUCUGUCCGUUAAAUGGAAUUCAAGAGAUGAAGUAGCUCAGAUGUACUGCUUGGUUAAAGAUUGGCCUCCAAUCAAACCUGAACAGGCUAUGGAGCUUUUGGAUUGUAAUUACCCGGAUCCUAUGGUUCGAGGUUUUGCUGUUCGAUGCUUGGAAAAAUAUCUAACAGAUGACAAACUUUCUCAGUACCUAAUUCAACUUGUACAGGUCCUAAAAUAUGAACAGUAUUUGGACAAUCUGCUUGUGAGAUUUUUACUUAAGAAAGCAUUGACUAAUCAAAGGAUUGGGCACUUUUUCUUUUGGCAUUUAAAAUCUGAGAUGCACAAUAAAACAGUUAGUCAGAGGUUUGGCCUGCUUUUGGAAUCCUAUUGUCGUGCAUGUGGCAUGUAUUUAAAACACCUGAACAGGCAAGUGGAGGCUAUGGAGAAGCUUAUUAACUUAACUGACAUUCUCAAACAAGAGAAGAAGGAUGAAACACAAAAGGUACAGAUGAAGUUUUUAGUUGAGCAAAUGAGGCGGCCAGAUUUCAUGGAUGCUCUUCAGGGCUUUCUCUCUCCUCUAAACCCUGCUCAUCAAUUAGGAAAUCUCAGGCUUGAAGAAUGUCGAAUUAUGUCCUCUGCAAAAAGACCACUGUGGUUGAAUUGGGAAAAUCCAGACAUCAUGUCAGAGUUACUCUUUCAGAACAAUGAGAUCAUCUUUAAAAACGGGGAUGAUUUACGGCAAGAUAUGUUAACGCUUCAAAUUAUUCGCAUUAUGGAAAACAUAUGGCAAAAUCAAGGAUUGGAUCUUCGAAUGCUACCCUAUGGUUGCCUGUCAAUUGGAGAUUGUGUGGGACUAAUUGAGGUGGUGAGAAAUUCUCACACAAUUAUGCAAAUUCAGUGCAAAGGUGGCCUGAAAGGGGCACUGCAGUUCAACAGCCACACAUUACACCAAUGGCUCAAAGACAAGAACAAAGGAGAAAUAUAUGAUGCAGCUAUUGACCUAUUUACACGUUCAUGUGCAGGAUAUUGUGUCGCAACCUUUAUUUUGGGGAUUGGAGACCGUCACAAUAGUAACAUCAUGGUCAAAGAUGAUGGACAACUAUUUCAUAUUGAUUUUGGACACUUUUUGGACCACAAGAAGAAAAAAUUUGGCUAUAAACGAGAACGUGUACCAUUUGUUUUGACACAAGAUUUCUUGAUAGUAAUUAGUAAAGGAGCUCAAGAAUGUACAAAGACAAGAGAAUUUGAGAGGUUUCAGGAGAUGUGCUACAAGGCUUACCUUGCAAUCCGGCAGCAUGCUAAUCUCUUCAUAAAUCUUUUCUCAAUGAUGCUUGGCUCUGGAAUGCCUGAACUACAAUCUUUUGAUGAUAUUGCAUAUAUUCGAAAGACCCUAGCAUUAGAUAAAACUGAACAAGAGGCUUUGGAAUAUUUCAUGAAACAGAUGAAUGAUGCACAUCAUGGUGGCUGGACAACAAAAAUGGAUUGGAUCUUCCACACAAUUAAGCAGCAUGCUUUGAACUGAAGUGAUAGCUGAGAAACUGAAAGCUCAAUAUCUGGAUUCUAUACUGCACUGUUAAUAACUGUCAACAGGCAAAGACUGAUUGCAUAGAAAUUGCACAAUCCAUGAACAGCAUUAGAAUUCACAUCAAGAACAGAAAUAAAAUACUAUAUAAUUUAAAUAAUGUAAACGCAAACAGGGUUUGAUAGCACUAAACUAGUUCAUUUCAAAAUUAAGCUUUAGAAUAAUGCGCAAUUUCAUGUUAUGCCUUAAGUCCAAAAAAGGUAAUCUUUGAAGAUUGUUUGUAUCUUUUUUUAAAAAACAAAACAAACAAAAAAAAAUUACCCCAAAAUAUAUAGAAAUGGUGGAGAAGGAAAAAGAAUGAUGUUCUCUUUUUUGCAAGUGUUCUGUUUCAAACUAUGGACAUAACAGUCUAUCAUUGCAUUAGCUCCACGUAAGCUAGAGUUUGACAUGAAAUUUAAGAUUGAAAAAUAAUGAAAAUUGACAUAUUUUUCCAUUGCUGUUCAAUUUAUAGUUUGAAGUGGGUUUUGGACUCCUUGUUGAAUGAAGAAAAAAUGCUUGGGGUGGAAGGGACUCAAGAUUUCAUCAGAGACUUUCCUUUUUAAUAAAUCAAACCUUUUAAUGA